UCAGACCUUAAUGUUCAUCGGAGAAUCCACACAGGUCAGAAGCAGCAUAAAUGUUUGGAGUGUGGAAAGAGUUUCAGCCAGGGCUCAAGCCUCACUUCCCACCAAAGUAUCCACACAGGAGAGAAGCCAUACAAAUGCCUGGAGUGUGGAAAGAGUUUCAGGCAGCUUGCGUACCUUACCUCACAUCAAAGAAUCCACACAGGGGAGAAACCGUAUAAAUGUCCGGAGUGUGGAAAGAGCUUCAAUAGGAGCACAAACCUCACUUGCCAUCUAAGAAAACACACAGGAGAGAAACCAUAUAUCUGCUCAAUAUGUAAUCGGAGCUUUUGUGACAAAUCGGGCUUUAAUAUACAUCAGUUAAUUCAUUCUAGGGAUAAGCCGCAUAAAUGUUUGGUAUGUGGCAAGAGUUUCAUUCGGCGUUCCCAGCUUACUUCUCAUGAAGGAAUCCACACAGGGGAGAAGCCAUACAAAUGCUUGGUGUGUGGAAAGAGUUUUCAUCGGAGCUCCAACCUUACGUCACAUCAGAGAAUCCAUGCAGGAGAGAAACGUUACAAGUGCUCAGAAUGCAGCAAGAGCUUCUAUGACAAAUCACGCCUUCUUAUACACCAAAGAAUCCACACAGGGGAGAAACCAUACAGAUGUCUGGAGUGUGGAAAGAACUUCAGGCAGCACGCCAACCUUGCUUCUCAUCAACGAAUGCACAGAAGAGAGAAAUCCUACAACUGCAUGGAAUGUAGCAAGAGCUUCUAUGAUAAGCACCACCUUCUUAUACACCAAAGAAUCCACACAGGGGAGAAACCGUAUCAGUGUUCCGAGUGCGGAAAGAGCUUCAGCCAGAGCUCAAGCCUUACUUCCCACCAAAGAAUCCACACAGAAGAAAAACCACAUCAGUGCAUGGAGUGUUUAAAGAGCUUCAGUCAGCGGAGAAACCUUGUCAGACAUCAGAAAAUCCACUUGAGAGAAAAAAUGCAUCCAUGCUUGGAGUGUGGAAAGAGCUUUUAUGAUAACUGUAAGCUCAAGAAACACCAGAGGAGUCAUGGAGAGGAAGGGAAAGCAAUAAUGUCUUGGAGUGUUGAAAUGGCUUCAGAUGGUGUGCCAGUCUUAUGCCCCCUCAGAGAAUUCAAACUAGAGGAGGAGACCAUCAUUUCUGAAACUGACUCACAAGGAUCUUGAUCAAUUAGCUCUUACAAACAUUAGAGAAUUCUCAUUGGAAACACCCCUUCCUGGGUACAUAAUCGGGGUGUGAAGAGGGUGUCCGUCAGUGUCAAUUACGUCAGUGCAUAAGGAACUCAAACUUUAAUAUAAUGCUGAUGUACUUCAGUUGCAACUAUCCUCUCUCCACAAACAGUGGCCCACAAUUUCUUGAUUUGGGAAGUCUUGCACCCCUCUAAUGUACGUUUUGUGCCUUUACUGACUCCUGCUGUUACUUGCUGAAGAUUACUAGUUGGACCAUCUUACAUUAUCUUCCUUUUAUUUUCCUUGUGCCUUAAUUCUUUGCCUGCAUUUCUAUUUUCCUACCAAAAUAUAUACAGUUGGUGAAAAAAAUAUGUUUUUCUAAUAGAGGUUCUCUGUGCCCUGACUUCCCAAGUGAAGUUUGCAUUAUUAAACAAGUUUAGCUGCUAA